AAUGUGUUUCAGAUAUAAUACUAUUACAGAUGUACUUUUUCAGCAAGUAAUAAACAUUUUAAAAUAUGUGCUUGCUGUAAAUUUCCUUUUUGUGUGUCAAAUUAGGAAAUUUACGGAAAGCGCAUUUUUUUUAAAAAAAAAAGUUUGUUACUGAGUUGCGAAUUAGGAAACUUUUAUUAGUCCGUUAAUGGUAUGUACCGUUUAACUAUAACUAACGCGCACCGAAUUGUUAAAAAAAAAAAAAGUAAGAACAUAACAUAAAGUUUCCUAAUCCAAACUGAAAUAGAAAGAAGAAGACCAUCCUAAUUAAGUCAUUCCUUUAUAAAUAGUAGUAACAUCAUGCAAAGUUUAGACAUGAAUUGAACAAUGACUACAAUAAGACUAUUUGGCAAUGACAUCAAAGUCUCAGAGAAGAAGGAGGAAAAGAGCAUAAUGUUAUUCGGAACACGUAUUUUCCAGUCUCCAGCGAACAACAGUAGCGAUAGAUUUAUAAAUAGGUCAGAUUUGCCUCCACGAAGUAUGUGUUUAGCUAUUGAGUCAUUCCAUGGGAGUAGACCGGUUUACGUGGGCUGGAAAUACUUGGAGAACUCGGAUAUCAACGCGAACUUGAGCAGGUUCUUAAUUCCAGUUGAGUGCUACUCGAAAUUACUCUACUACAUGAGUAAGUUGGAGAGAGAAAAGGUACUAAACAAAGAUGAUAGAGGUAUUAACGUGAGUGUAAUUGAUCCAAAGGGCAAUUUACAUGACAUGAAGUUUACUGGAUGGAAGAGUUUGGGGAGACUUGUGUUUAACAGAGGAUGGAACAAUCUUGUUAGAGAGAACCAAUUUAAAAAAGGGGAUUUACUUGAGUUCUGGCAUUUCAGAAUGCCUAAUAAUAAACCUUGUUUUGCUAUAAAUAUCAUUAGGUACUAGUAACCAUUUUCGUCUUUUACCUUUUUACUGAUCUUCUUUUUUUAAUGUAAUUCUAAAUGA